CACAAUCUAAACAUCAAAUAUCUCUACCAGCAGCUGUCAGUGCCCCGGGAGUGGACGCCGUCAGCAUGGCCCAGUUCGAGGAGGUUCUGGACGGAGUGCGACUGGCUCUGACUUGGGCCUCUCCUGCUGAGAUCCGAGCUCUGCUGGAAAAUUUGGUGGAGGAGCAGAUCAUCUCGGAGGCCUACGGCGAGAGCUUGAGUCGGCACCGACUUACUGCAGCAUGUAAACCGGGAUCUGUUGUGACAGGAUUGACCACUUACGGGCACCUCAACCAAGAUCAAGUCAGCCAGGUGAGGAAAUCAUCAAAGACUAGAGAGGCCGACUAUAACCAGAUUAGAUCUCAGUUUGUGUCAUCAGCGGAUGAACAUGAGAGCUCAAAGUCCUGGCCAGAACAUCACAAAAAUAAUCUGAAACUAAGUCAAGAAUUGAGGGGGGGACCAGCGAUGGACUCCUUGAAUCUCUUCUCUGCCCCAGUGGUACUUGACUUUCACUGCAGUCUUAGUUUAGAUGAUGAAACAACAGAUUUGCUGAGAAGUGCAGAUUUAAUGCAGAAGCCAGUUAGUGAUAGUGAAAGAAUGAAUGAGGGGAAUUUGGAGGAUGUGAAGGAGUGGUUAGAGCAGGUAGAGGAGGCGGCUAGAAGGAUAGCUGUCCCUUUGUGGCAGCACUGGGACAGAGGACAGAGGAUGUUGCUGCCUCUGGUUCAUGCUGGCAUGACUCCUGCUGGCGGUACAACAAGUGAAAUUACAGUGAGAAAAGGUGAAGCAGAAUGCCCUGUUUCAAAUAUGGAAGAGGAAACAGAGCUUGCAAUGGCUUGCAGGACUUUAGAUAUGUACGCCGACACCUUCAAGUGGACAGAAAUGGACAUUACAGACCCGGGCUUCACACUGAAUGCUGAUGGAGCAGCAAAAGGCCUCUGCUGCUCCAAUUUUGACAGUGUGACAACAACUGGAUCAAAUCAUUUGAAUAUCGCUGGAGCAAGAAUGAAUGCCUCACCUGUUGAAGCCGAUCCAGCAACAGACACAAACUUGACAGACAGGCUAGAGGGCGAUCUGGAUGCCUGCUGGGGAGCUGACAGGACAACAGACGACCUGUUUCAGUUGAUGAGAGAAGUACAGUUUGGCACAGAUGCAGGAUUUGCAUCACAUAUUGCACAUUUGUUUUCUCCCUGUGCACCAACUGAUACUCAAACUGAUGCACAAGAUCACUUUUUUAACUCCAGCACAGAUCACAGCAUGACAUUAGACAGUGCAGAAAAUGUUUUCAAGGCUGCUUAUAGUGCAAAAGUAUGCACUGAUGACAUAACAGGCUUCCCAAAGAGUACAGAGGACGAGGAAAGGGUCGAUUCACAAGGGGGUGCCAAGAUGCAGGAGGUGGAGCAGGACCCGCUUUUGAGUUCUUAUUUGGGAGAUCUACCAGAUGAUUUAGAGGACUACCUCAAUGAUGAUUUCCUAGGGAAGUAUCUUGACAAAGGUGUGCUCUUUGACGAACCGUUGUUCAGUUGUGAGAUAGAAGAACUCAGUACCUGCUGUGAGCUUCCCAUGCCGAUUGAGCUGCCUGGCCCAGACAGCCAGCAGCAGACACCAGAGGACAACCUAACAACCAAAACAAAUAACAGGAGAAAAAGAUCCAGAGCUUCCCGAUCACAACAGUGCACUGAUGAGGACACACCAUCGAGGCCGAAAAGACAAAGAGCAGCAGGUCGAACAAAAACCAAAGAGGUACAGGCUGAGCCAACUGUCACCCAAGACAUUGACACAGCAACAGAACCGAGUUCAGCAGAGAUGGUUGUCGUCCCAACCACUCCACCAAAAAUCCUUCAUCUCCAUCCCUCCAUUCAAUUCAUCACCAUCCCAGACACUCCAGCAUAUCAGGUUGUCCAGACAGUGAGGCUCCCUCCCUCGGUCAUUGGACUUCCACUCCCCAAUACAGCUGCCACACCUACUUACAUAUUAGUUCCUGCUACAUCGCCACCCUUCAACCGCCAAAUGCCACCUCUCUCUCCAAUUGACGGUGCAGUAGCACCAGUCCAGAUGAGUUCAUCCCCAUUAGGAUCUCAGUCAGAAACUGCUAACAAAGCCAUGUCUCCCACUUGUGACUCACCCUUGUCCCCAAGCAAUGAGAUGUCUACAUGUAAGGAAUCACCUCUUCCUCAGUCUCCCACUGCCCUCGAUAUUCCCCAAGUUGUAAAGGACUACAUCCAGGGAGCCAAAGUCCACAUUAGUCAAACCUGCCAGGAUAUGGAGGCAGGCCUUAGCCUGACCUCUCAUUAUGUGGAUGUGCCAAUGAGCCAGAGAGAGAUGUGCUCUGGAAAAAGCACAAACAAAGUCCUGGACAAGGAGCUAAUCAUCAUGGGAGACACAGAUCGGCAGAAGAGCUUGUUGGGACGUAGUCAGAUAUUCGAAGGCCAAAAUGGGGACAAACCCAAACGCUACAUAUUGUUACUCGGCAGUGCUGGGAUGGGAAAAACCAGCCUGAUCAGGAAGCUGUUACUUGACUGGUCCAAAGACUGCUUCCCACAGUUUGACUUUGUCUUCCUCUUAGACAGAAAAUCCCUGUCUUUAACAGAGGCAGCCUUUAGCCUUCAGACCCUUCUAUUAAACCUCUCCUCCUUCACUCCUUCCUGCAUGGACCCUGAGGCAGUGUACACUCAAAUCCUUGCAGCCCCUAAACGCGUGCUUAUCAUUUUUGAUGGCUUUGGUGAGUUGCGGGACUAUGAAAUUCUUCUCCAGACUCAGGAAAAAGACUUGAUAGCAUCAUUGCAGAAAGACAGUAGAGCACAGAACUUCACAGUAAGACAGUUAUACUCUGCCAUCCUUCAGAGGGUGGUCCUUCCAGGCUGCACUCUUCUUCUUUCGACUCAACCAAGAGGCACUGCCACCCAGCUACUUCGGCGGACGGACAGCCUCUUGGAGGUGUGUGGCUUCACCCCCACAGAUGUAGAGGUGUAUUUGUCCCAGUACUUCACUGAUCCUGACCUCAGAGCUUCUGCAUUGGACUGCUUAAAAAAAUGCAACUAUCUACAUCUCCUCUGCUGGAACCCUGGACUGUGUCGGUUGGUCUGCUAUGUUUUAGAACAGUGCAAAACUUUGGAGGUCCUACCGAGAACUUUGACCGGGCUUUGUCAUCAAGUACUUCGUCUGAAAAUGGAAGACAGUAGGAGCAGGCACUCACAGGCUGAAAAUCAAUCAGAAACACCUGUGCAGUCAGUAGAAGAAACCCAGACCAGCAGUUCUCAAGUGAAGAGGCAUCACAGAAGCACUCGAACAAACUCCAGAGCACAGGUUCGCCCUCACUCACAACGAGCAAGGAGGGCAAAAACACAAAACCAAGAGGAGAACGACAGUGAUGGAGAGGAGAUGAAGAGUGCUGGCGUAGACAGAAAAGAGGAGAGAGAGUUGCUGUCCCAGUUGAGUUCUUUGGCCUGGGAGUCGGUCAAAGCAAACUCCUCCAUCCUCCCAACAGGACGGACAAUAUCUGACAAACUCAAGGCGUUCGGCCACAGGACAGGGCUCUUCUCUUCUCACCACGUGAGGAUGAGGCAGGUCGUCUCAAGUGGUGAGACAGAGGGAGGAGGAAGAGAACAAACGGUAACAAGGGAGAAUGGUGCACAGAGGGGAAGCAAAGGGAUGGACACUGAACAUGCUGCUGCUGGUGAUGACCACAUCCUGUUGUGGGCCAACCCAUUCCUCCAGAGUUACCUGGCAGGAGUCCAUUUGUCUCUGUCAAGGACUGUAACAGACCGUGCCUUCUUCCCGACACUCCCUUUCCAGUCAAGCCAGAGGGGACGCAGGCGACCCCAAAGGGAGGAGCUCGAGCUCACUCAGCGAUUUGCAGUUGGGCUCCUGUUCAGCAACAGAGCAGAGCUCCAGAGGCUUCACUCAUACACAGAGACAAUCUUUAGAGAUAUGGUGGCUGCCAAGCAGGCUUUAGUAACAAAGCACCUUGAGGGUCUUUCCUACAGUGACCUGAGCCCCGCGCAGGUCCUAGAGGCUUGUCAUUAUGUUUAUGAGUUGAGUUCCACAUGUGGUGAUGGCAGCAGAGACACUAACAGCGCACGAUUAGUCACUCACCUGGCAGUGAAUCUUCCAGAAGUCCUGACGUUUCAUGGAGUGCCACUCAAGCCAUCGGAUGUGUUUGCUGUCCAGAAAGUUCUCGAAAGGGGGGGAACUGAAGGUAGAAGAUUCUGUUUGGAUCUGGAGGAUUCUGGGAUACAGAUUUCGGGACUCAGAGCUCUUGUUGGGCUCAACAACAUCAACACAUACAGGGCAUGCAUUGCUGAUGUCAUCACCUUAUGGGAGCAGUUAGAGCAGAGUGGUGAAGAGGAGCUCCUACAAGGGACAGUGUCCAAAUUCACAAUCCACCCUCUGAAAGCCACACAGGUGUUUCACAUAGAGCACCUGGCAAAGCUGGUGAAUAUACAUGUGCACAAGAGGCUGUCUGACAGUUCCAGCCAGUCAGAUUCGAUCCUGGCCGAGGGAAUACCAGCCGUCAGAGAGCUACACAAGCUGGAGUUUGAACUUGGUCCAGAGAAAGGUCCCCUGGCUCUUCCACAGCUGUGGGAGCUCCUGCCAGGUCUACAAAAUCUACAGCACUUAGAUCUAGAGAACUGUAAGAUCGGGGACAAAGGAGCAGAGAAACUGGCUGAUGCUUUGGUCUCACUCAGUUCCCUGGAGAUACUCAAUCUGUCACAGAACUGUAUCGGAGACCAGGGGGUGAAGAAACUGGCAGCCACGCUCAGGGAUCUGCCCAAACUGCACUGUUUAAGUCUCUACAGUAACGUGAUUUCUGAUGAAGGAGCAGAGAGUUUAGCAGCUGCCCUCCCACAUGUGGCUUCGCUCACUGACCUGGAUGUGAAGUACAACAAGCUAACAGAUGUUGGAGCACAGACCCUGGCAGCCAGUCUGAGAAACUGUAAAAAAAUGAAAACUCUGAGGAUGUGGAACCAGUGUAUUCCUUAUGGAGUGUUUGAGAGGCUUCAGCAGCAGGACAACCGGAUCCUUUGGCAGUAGAACGAUAUGAAACCUCUACGAAGGCUAUGAACUUUUCAUUUUGAAACUCAAACAUGCAGGUUUUACACUACACAAUACGUUCUCUAAAAUGUGCAUUUUUAAGAAAUGGCAACAGGAACGGAAUCAAAAAUAUGAAAGAGAAAGUGCACUAAAAGAAACCAAAAAUUGCUGCUUUAGUCAACAAUUCAUCAAAUUCCUUCCAAGAUAAAAAAAAACAAACAAACAAAGGAAUUAUUCUUCCUUCGGCAUUACACAGUACUGCAUGUGUGUACUGAAUGAGUGUGUGGUGAUUUUUAGUACAAUUUCAGUUAGCUCAUUUGCACUAUGUUUUUUGUUGGUUAGUUUUCAUGUUACUCGGUAACAGUUAUAAAUCUGCUACCAUGCUGCAUUUGAUGUUUGUUCUUUUACUGUGACAUUAACAGUAUUUUUGUUUGCACUCUGUCUGGGGCUGUAAUUGAUACAUUGCUGAACAAUCAGCUGACACCUUAAUACAAAUAAAAAUGUUUCAUUGUCUCAACAGUCACA